AUGCAACGAAGUGCAGCUGACGGUUACCAACAAAGCUCGCUUUCCGAGCAAAAAGUGGACGGUGAAGUGUUUAUCCAAACAGAUGUCUGCCCCAAAAUUGGAGAUGUCAUCUUGGAUUUAGGCUGCGGUACAGGAGAACUGUCUGCAUACCUAGCUGAGCUGGUAGGACCCGAAGGAAAAGUUAUUGGUGUCGAUCCUGAUAAGGAGCGAAUUCAGCUGGCCAAAGAGACUCACAAUCAAAUCGAGAAUCUCUCAUUCGUAAAACGAAGUGCUAUAAACUUCCCAGGAAUUGGCGCUGAAGUCUACGACAUCGUUUUCAGUAACUGUGCUCUUCAUUGGAUGGGUAACAAGCAACAAGUCUUCAACAACAUGUUUCAAAGUCUUAAGGUUGGUGGAAAAUUAACAGUUCAAUACAUGUCCUAUCUGCCCUAG